AUGGAUGCGAGACGAUCUUUGGAUGCGACUGUUGCCACUGAUGGUGAAGAGCGUGUACUAGCGUCGUCCCCAGGGUAUGUUGACCCGACAGAAGGAAGAUGUAGCACCCCGGUGAUGCCGGAGGAUGAUCACGUGGAUCAUAGCUACUGUGAGCCGCUGCGGGACCAUGCAGGAGGAGAUGCGAGUCGUGUCACGCCCAAUACAGUGAGGAGGAAAGCGCAAAGCGUCAGGAGUAACGCAUCCAGCCGAGAGUCACAACGGCGCUUAAAACAAUGUGAAGCCGAGGUACAGUUAGCAGAGCUAGACGCGACAAUUCAGCGAGCACAGGCUAAGAAGGUAGUAUUAAAGAAAAAAUUGGCUCAUGACAUGGCACGUAUGGCGGCUGAUGAUGAAGGAGGUGAUGAAUCAUCAAUGAGGUCAAGGUUAGUGCAGAUGGAUAGAACCGAGGAAUGGGUACGGCGCGGGGGUGGCACUGAUGCGCUCCUUGCGCGUCCUCGGCCUCUAAAUUCGCAUGCACCUACCCACAAAAAUAAAAAUGAGAAGCCGCUCCUUCGGAAUCAGCCGGAGUCAGGGACGUUGACAGGCUACCGCAAUCUACCAUCAAGACCGCCUACGUCUGAGGAAUAUAUCGUACAUAUGAAUCGACUCGUUGAAGCCGUAACUACGGGACGUUCUUCUAGACCAAGGCCAAAGCAAACGUAUGAGCUACCGACCUUUACUGGUAACCCUGCAGACUGGUUGGCGUUUAGACGCACCUAUUAUAAUUCGACGAAAAUGUACAACUUUGAGGCAUUUGAGAAUAUUGCGAGAUUGCAGGCAGCGUUACAAGGGGCAGCUAAAAUGGCGGUAGAAGAUUUACUUAGAGCAUGCGACGAGCCAGAAGAAAUCAUGAAGGUGCUGGAAGAGGAGUUUGGGCAUCCUACCUUGCUGCUGGAGUGCGCGAUGAACAAAGUUCGUGAACUGCCGCGUGUAACAGACAGUGGACGUGAGUUGCGCGGCUUCACCGCGGUCAUAAAGAACUGUGUGUCGUUGCUGAGGGCGGUGCGCGCGGACGGUUACUUAAAUAACCCUCAGGUUGUAUCGGACAUUUUAAAUAAAUUGACUCCGUACCAGCGCGCUCAAUAUGGUGAGUUUAUUAUGAAAAAAGACAUUUCCAGUGAUGUGGACUUACGAGUGUCACCGAGUCUUGAACUUGUGGUGGAGUUUCUUGGACAGUUGUCUCGAGCUUCAGUGUACUAUGCACCAGCAAACCCCUUUACUCUGCCGGUCCAGAACGUACCUGUGAGAGCAAGCCGAGAGCAGAAGAGGAGCGUGCGACCUGUACAGCACAAGGUGAUGACGCAGGCUGAAGCGACUUCGUCUGUAGACCGCAAAGACAAUGGCUCGAGUGCCCGUGCAGAGACCGUAGUGAAAGACUGUAAGUGUGUCUUGUGUAACUUACCUCAUCAAUUGCCACAGUGUGAACAGUUCCGAAAGAUGACAACAAGAGACAGAUGGAAGUUGGUAAAAGAUCGUAAACUGUGCUUUAAGUGCCUUCUUGGGUCUCAUUCCAGAAAAUACUGUAAAGCCAAGCGAUGUAGCAGGUGUCGAUGGCCGCACCACACGCUGCUGCACGAGGACAGGCCGGCUGCGGGGAGCAGCGCGUCGGCCAACCCCGAGAGGACUGAAGAAGCAGUAACGACCAUGGGCGGCGAGAGAACGCGCGCCCUGCUGAAGGUGCUGCCAGUCACCAUCAUCGACGACGACGGGCGUGAGACGCCCACUUACGCACUCCUUGAUGACGGAGCCACCAUAUCCGUGGUUGACGAGUCGUGCGUUGAGGGUAUUGGCGGGCCUGUUGCCCCGCUGCGCCUGGUGACCGCGGGCGGCAAUAUUGUUGAGGACAAUCAGUCACGAAGAGUGAAGAUCAAACUUCGGGGUACCAACGGAGAGUGCCAUGUGGUAAGCGUACGAACGAUGCACAACGCUGAACUGCCGGUGCACACUUUGCCGGCACGCGUGCUGGAAGCGAACCCCCACCUACGCGCCUUGGACUGCGUGGCGAUGGAGGGCGUACGACCCAUGUUGCUCUUGGGCCAAGAUAAUUGGGAAUUAAUUGUAGGUACCGAAGUUAGAAAAGGUAAAUCCGGUAAGCCAGUUGCCUCAUUGACACAGUUAGGAUGGGUGGUUCAUGGUCCCGUGGGUACCGUUUCGGGUCCGAUCGAGAUGGUAAAUUGCGUACAGGUGUCAGACGCAUCCCUCCAUAGCCUAGUGAAGGCGCAAUUUGAGUUGGAGGCGAUCGGGGUAAGUAAGGUCCCACGACGGAAUGCCGAGAACGAUCAAGCAAUGAGGAUUUUGGAGUCAACGGCGAGGCGAGUGGAAGGCGGAUGGGAGGUAGGUCUUCUCUGGAAUCGCGCAGCAGUGGAAAUGCCGGAUAACCACGCGUACGCGCGCCGACGACUGCUGGGUAUUGAGCGAAAAAUGGAUGCCGAUGCGGAGUAUGCGUCUGCCUAUUGUGCUCAGAUUGACAGGUUGGUAAAGGAGGGCUAUGCCCAUAAAGUGACUAACGGCGUGAAGAACUCUCCCGUGUGGUAUUUACCUCAUUUUGGGGUAAAGAACCCAAAUAAGCCGGGGAAGUUGCGACUGGUGUACGACGCAGCGGCGGAGUACCAGGGUACCAGUCUGAAUGACAGGUUGUUUAGUGGACCUGAUUUGCUCAACUCCCUCUUGGGAAUUCUUUUUAGGUUUCGGUCGGGGCCGAUCGCCUUCACCGGAGACAUAAUGGAUAUGUUUCUCCGAGUGAAGAUCCGUGAAGCCGAUAGGGGAGCGCAGCUGUUUUUGUGGCGAGGCAUGGAGCGCAGUCGUGAGCCCGACGUCUACGUGAUGACGUCGAUGAUCUUUGGCGCCACGUCCUCACCCUGCUCAGCAAACUACGUGCUACGACGAAACGCGGACGAGUUCAGGGAUACUUAUCCUGAGGCGGUAAGUGCCGUCCAUGAUAAACAUUACAUGGACGACUAUCUGGACAGCGUAUCAACGGUCGCGGAGGCACGGAAGUUGAUCGAGGAAGUCAGCACGAUCCAUCGAGAAGGAGGCUUCAACAUACGAGGGUGGGUAUCUAACUCAUCUGAACUGCGAAAACAGCUGCCAGAGGUUACGGCGGAACCGACGAGAAUAGAAGAGGGGAAAUUGAGCAGCGAGCAAGAGAGGACUCUGGGAAUGAUGUGGUCACCCGAGUCAGACACAUUCUCUUUUGACCUGUCAUUCAAGAGGCUGCCACCUGAUAUAGUGGAGGGACAUGUGACACCGACGAAGCGUCAGUUUCUAAGCUUUGUCAUGAGUAUUUUUGACCCACUCGGUUUGGCUAGUCCUUGUACCAUACAGUCGCGCAUCCUUAUGCAAAGGAUUUGGCGAUCAGGCAUUGGAUGGGACGAGCAGUUAAAGGAAUUAGAGAAAGAGCUGUGGGAAAAAUGGCUGAAAGACCUGCAACUGCUGCGAGAGGUAAGCAUCGCGCGAUGGUAUAGGAUCACGGGAGAUGAAGUGGAGCUCCAUGUGUUCGCAGAUGCGAGCGAGUUGGCCUACGCUGCUGUGGCGUACAUCGUGGGCGCGGGAGAAGAUGGACAGCGAACUGUCGCUAUGGUGGCUGGUAAGGCAAGAGUUGCUCCCUUAAAGAUAGUGUCCAUUCCGCGGAUGGAGCUGCAGGCAGCGGUGUUGGCGUGUCGACUAGCAAAUACCGUGGUAAAUGAGAUAGGUAAGUCUAUCAGUAGUACUACCUUAUGGUCGGAUUCGAGGACGGUGCUGGCGUGGAUUGCGAACGACAAUCGCGAUUACCCGAAAUUUGUUGCCCACCGGUUGGCUGAGAUAGAUCAAUGUGUGUCUCGAGGCAAUUGGCGCUGGGUUCCUUCCCAAAACAAUCCAGCAGACGAAGCCACCAAGUUGGUAUGGCCGGGGGGUAGGAGUAACUGGGUUGCGGGUCCGCCUUUUCUACGUUGUCCACAGGAGCAAUGGCCGGGCGUGGGAACUGAAGGCAUGCAGCCGGUGGAGGAGGACGAGGGCACGAUCGCAUUCGUAAAUGUGGUUGAUGAACCAAAAUCACCCCUCAUCGAUGCGGCACGUCAUUCAUCGUGGAGUCGCGCGCUGCGAGUCGUAGCGCGGGUCAUCUGCUUCACCAGAACCUGCCGAGGCCGGCGGAGCGCCGGCAUAACCGCUGAGGAUCUCCGCGAGGCCGAGCUGCGGUUGUUGGUGCAAUCGCAGGCGGCUUCAUUUUCUAAGGAGCUUAGCGCGUUGCGAGCUGGCCGCGCGCUUCCGGCUGACAGUCGACUGCGCGCCCUGGACCCCAUGAUUUUUGACGACGGUCUACUGCGUGUGCGGGGGCGCCUGAGUGCCGCGCCGGACCUCAGCUUCGACGAGAGACACCCGGUCAUUCUGGACGGCCGUGAUCAUCUCACGCGGCUCCUGGUGCGCUCUUAUCACGUGCGUGCGCUGCACAGUAACCAUGAGGCUGUGCUCAACCAAAUGAGGGAACGCUUCUGGAUACUGCGAGGAAGAACUACCGUGCGUGCAGUGGUUGCGCGAUGCCAGCUGUGUCGGAUACGUCACGCCAAGCAUACUCAGCCAAAGAUGGGAGAUUUACCGGCCAUUAGAACACUCAACACUCGCCGAGCCUUCGUCCAUUGUGGCGUAGAUUACUACGGCCCUAUGCAGGUGGCCAUUGGACGACGCCGAGAGAAAAGGUGGGGUGUAUUAUUCACUUGCAUGGUUACUCGCGCCGUCCACCUGGACCUCGCAGCAACCCUGGAUGCGAGCUCGGCGAUAAUGGCCUUGCGACGUCUGAUAGCCCGUCGGGGGCAACCGGCGCGAAUGUACAGCGACCGAGGAACCAACUUCGUGGGAGCGAACCGCGAACUUCGAGCAGCGCUGCAAACCCUGGACCAUGACCGUGUGCGAGAGGCAGCCGAGAAUCGGGGAAUCCAGUGGACCUUCAACCCUCCCGCGGCGCCACAUAUGGGUGGCUGCUGGGAGCGCCUGGUACGCUCGGUUAAGGAAGCGCUAAAGGUGACCCUAAGAGAGAGAGCACCACGAGAGGAGGUGUUACAAACACUGCUAGCGGAGGCGGAGUUGGUCGUCAAUAGCCGUCCGCUAGCCUAUGUAGCUGACGACCCGGACGAGCCAGUCGUGAUCACCCCUAAUCACCUGCUGCUGGGGACGGCAGCGGGAGAUACUGGACUAUGUGCCGCUGAUCCCGCAGACCUCAACGCGCGCGCACAGUGGAAGCGCGCGAAUGUGCUGGCAGACAUGUUUUGGCGGCGGUGGCUGCGGCAAUAUUUGCCGACUUUGCAGAGACGUCAGAAAUGGACAUUGGACUCUCCGCCAGUGCGUAUAGGUGAUGUGGUGGUGAUUAGUGAUGGCAAUUUGCCUCGCAAUAUGUGGCCUAAAGGCAUUGUGAAAAAAGUGUACCCGGGUUCAGACGGUCAUAUAAGAGUGGUAGAUGUAAGAACGUCAACGGGGGUGCUGCGUCGCCCCGUGGUUAAGAUCAUAGUGCUGCCUACCGAUGGUAUGUUGUUAGGCUGA